UUAACAAACAAAAUCCGACUGGCCUGUACAUUUUACACGUUAGUGGAUUUUCGAGGGAGAGUUGAAACGUUUGUAACCAGAAUUCCCGAGGCUGGUCAUCUCUCCUGCCACGAGAUGCAAGAACUUUCGACGGUGUCUGUAAAGACGAUUUUGGUGGUAGUCGUUUUAUUAGCGGCAGGUUUUUCAAGAAACACUAGAUCUGUGCAGGCAGCAAGUAAUUCAGUGUGCUCCUUGGCGGCAGAAACAGGACCGUGUCGGGGGGCGUUUCCAAAGUAUUAUUAUGACUCCAGUUCUAAAUCUUGCAAAUCUUUCACGUAUGGAGGAUGUGAUGGAAAUGGCAACAGAUUUGACACCGAGGCCGAGUGUAUGGCGGCUUGUGGAGGUCUUGGAAACGAAGAUCUCUAAAAGUGUGUGGAAUGAACAAUUGGACCCUUUAAUCUCAAGUUACUAAGUAAUUAAUUACAACGAGUUUAAAACCUUAGUCUGAUUUCUCAUCAAAUGACAACCAUUGGAAUAUGAUGUUGAUGAAUGCUGAGAUUUCGAUUAAGGAACCUAAUUACAGCUCACAUGAGACGAUUAAGGAUAUCUCUUUCUGAAUAUUUAUUGUAGUUUUGUGCUGAAGCACACAAAAGUUAUUAAAACUUAAUGUUCCCGAG